AUGCAUAUGGGCCGUGUUGCUAGCCAGUUCUACAUUAAGUAUGACACCAUUGAAGUUUUCAAUGAAUUCCUUAAGGCUGUCAUGAAUGAGGCUGAUAUAUUGGCCUGUAUUGCUCAGAGUUCAGAAUUUGUUCAGUUGAAGGUUCGGGAUGAAGAGAUGGUUGAGUUGGAUGAUCUUCACCAUCAAUGUGAAGUGGCAGCAAUGGGUGGCACUGAAAAUGUGCAUGGCAAGGUCAACAUCCUCCUUCAGUCACACAUCUCACGAAUAAGAGUUGACAGCUUCUCUCUCGUGUCAGAUGUCAACUACAUCACUGAGAAUUCGGUGCGUAUCACUCGUGCUUUGUUUGAAAUUGUUCUUCACAAAAAUUGGCCAUUGAUGGCUGGUCGUCUACUUACUAUGGCCAAGAUGUUAGAGCAUCAAAUGUGGCACUUCGAGAGUCCAAUGAAGCAGUUUGCUCGCUUGACCCAUGAAAUCAUAGAGAAAAUUGAAGAUAAACGUCUCACUAUUGAGAAAAUAAGAGACAUGGACCACAAAGAAAUAGGUACAGUAUUUUCUGCUAAAAUAUUUCCUGAGAUAAUGUAAAUUUGUAAAAAUAUU